AUGCAAGAGGUUCCUGAUAGCCAGCACCUCGUCGUGACCGUGGUUGCCACCGUAGCCGCCAAGUCAGAAGAGGCCGCAGAGCAAGCGCUGCAGAGAGCCACAGCGCCAGAGGCCAUCGACGGCCUGUCCUCCCUUGCGGUGCUGGGCACGUUGGGUCCUGGGAGCUCCCUGACCCGGGAGACGAAGAAGAAGACAGCCGGCGGUCGAGAGCUGUGGAUCAGACUCGACUACUCGGACGAACCGCUGCCGUACGUGGCCGAGGUCUUGCACCGUUGCAAGCACCGCGGCGAAGAGCACAUCACAACGCAGGUGAUCCUCUACGAGCCCCCGGCGUCCCAAUCCGGUCACUUCCUCACGACAGAGCCACUCCCGAUGGACCGCGACGACGAGGUCUUGACGCCACGAGUAGACGAACCACCACCGCCACCAGCUAGUGCAGCUGGGGAAGGGGACACCGGCCUGGAUCGCCAUGUGCAGCAGAUCAACAGCGCGUGGUUGGUUGGUGCCAUGCUGAUCCAUACGCUCGCGCACCCCGACGCUGCCACCCCCACGUCGUGCGCUGCCCUGUCAUCGAUGGUUCCAAGACUGAGAAUGGCGCUGCAGGCCAGCAGAGGCUAUGCGCACCGGGGCGUGUGGAAUGCGCUGGCUGCGCUGGCGGCCGCCUGCGAUCGGUGGCUCUUCGUUCCGCUGCUGUGGCUGCUCGACCUCUCGGUCCCGUUCGGCCUGACCUCGCUCCUGCGCAUCAAGCAGGCCACAGCCGUGGGCCGCCAGCUCGACCUCCGCCUGCGCAGCCUGCGGCAGUGCGUCGCGCAGUGGACCUACCUCAGUCGGGACCAUCACAACCCAUGGCAGCACACCCCUAAGCGGCGAGUCGUGGAAGUGAGCCUGGCCAACGCGUUCUGGCUGAUGACGAUCGACGCCCUCGCCGGCGUCUUGUUCGUGUUUGUCGCGUGGAGCUCGGCGGACUGGCUCGCGCAGGAGAUCUCCGCCUCCGACUACGAGGACCUCUGGUGCGAACCGCUCCGCGGCGGCGUCAUCUUCCUCAUGAACCAGCCCGGAGGCGUCAAACUCAACCCGCAGCUGAGCGAUGCCCUGGGCGCUGUCUUCCUCUACCUCAUCGACUCAUGGACCGUCGUCACAGCCGGACUGCUGCCCUAUUUGCCAUCGCUACUGCGGGUGGCGUCGUUGGCUGGCCUCAUGGGCCUCACGAUGACGCUCGCGCUGCUGUCGGACAUGGUCUCCUUCUUCACCAUCCACGUCUUCUACUUCUACACCGUCUCCGCCCGCUUCUACGCCAUCAUGCUGCACAUCCUCUCCUCCCUGUGGAAACUCUUCCGCGGCAAGAAGCGGAACGUGCUGCGGCAGCGGAUCGAUUCGUAUUCGUAUGACGUGGACCAGCUGCUCCUGGGCACGCUGCUGUUCACGGUCAUCUUCUUCCUCCUGCCUACCACCUUCGUGUUCUACCUCUACUUCGGGGUGCUCCGCCUGCUGGUCCUCUGCCUCUACGCCGCGCUCGCCUUCCUCACCGAGGGCCUCAACCACUUCCCCCUCUACUCCCUCUUCCUCUCCCUCUCCGACCCCAAGUCUCUCCCCAGCGGCGUUUCGUUUUCGGCUCUAGCGGUGCCGCAGGACGCUGCCCGCCGUGCCUCUUAUCUCGUCCUUCACAGCCGCACAAUGGCGCUGGGCGCGCUGUUUUACCACUACACCCGGGCGCUGCGGGACGUCGUCAGGCGCUACUCGCCGCAGACGCUCCUCUCGCGGUUCCUCGUGGGCGACAUCAUGAUCGCCACCUGA